AUGGCUUUAUGGAAUUGUAGGGGUUUAGGACAGGCGGACUCCUCUAAAAUUCCUUAUAUUUCCUCUCUAGUCCGCUCUUAUGGUUUGGACAUGAUCUGUCUUUUGGAAACUAUGUUACCUGUAGAAAAUAUUGUAAAAAAAUUAGCAUAUUUGCCUUUUUUGGGUUGUUGUGGCAUAGAUGCUAUAGGACAUAGUGGUGGUUUGUUUAUAUGUUGGUUUUCUCCGGUAGGUUUGGGUCCUGUUUAUAGUUCUCCUAAUGUAUAUCUCUGUAAAUUGGUGCAAGGAGAUGAAAUAAAAUAUGUAAUGUUUGUGUAUGGCUCGCCUCAUAUUGCUAAUCGUAUGGAGAUUUGGAAAUCGAUUAGCGAUAUUUUAGAGUCUCUUUCGAAUGUGAUAAUCAUUGGAGAUUUUAAUCAAGUGGAAUAUGGUUCAGAUAAAUUAGGUGGUAAUUUUUUUAUCCCAGGUCAAUUGGAGUUUAUGACUUGGCGUAUGAGUAUAGAUUUAUUGGAUGUUCCUUUUACGGGCCUUCGUUUUACAUGGUCUAAUAAUAGAUUAGAUUCCGAUCCUAUUUUCGAACGUUUGGAUCGAGCUUAUGAGUCUUCUACCUGGUUCUCUAAUUAUCCAGACUCCAGAGUUAUUCACCAGCCUAUUUUAUUCUCCGAUCAUGCUGCAAUCAUUUUUGAUGAUACAGCUCCUUCUGAUUAUACCAAACGACCAUAUAGAAUUGAGAACUGGUGCUUAUCAGCUCCGGAAGUUCAGAACAUCAUUUCCUCUGUUUUUUGUUUGUUUUUUCCAGGCUCUCCCAUGUUUGCUCUUUCCAGGAAACUCUAA